AUCAUGGCUUCAGAAACGACAGAGAAUUUGGAAAAUAAAAUCAUUGAAUUGACAAAGCAAUUAGAAAUUGCUGAAGAAGCCGCUAAAGCCUCACUUUUACUUGAACGAGCUAAUGUGUAUGAAAAAUUAAAGUUAACCGAGAAAGCCUCGCAAGAUGCUCGUGUUGCCUUACAACGCGAUGCCUCAUUAGAACUCCAGGUCAAAGAACUGCUCUUGCGUCUUCAACCUUCCAUCAAACCUCAAGACCCUCGAGUAGUUUCUUUCCAAGAACAUCUAUCGAAACUCGACACAACUGACAUUUCGCACGUCCGAUCCUUUGUAAGCUCCAAGGAUUUUGUACUUGUUUUAACAGCCUGUGGCACAGAAGACACACCACCCCGCGUCAAGAGUCUGGCAUUCAUGAUUUUGACCAAACUUUUCAAUCCUUCCGCCACCGAAAAAUACCCCUUUACUUACAUAAUCGAACAAUGUGCCGCUUGUUUUUCCGCUUGUAUGGACCAAGGUAAAAACGAAGCUAAACUACUGGCCUAUAAUACAUUGAUUGCAAUUUUCCAAACCAGCAUGACGGUGGGUUCCGCGAUAUUGUGCCAGGAAGGCACUGUCGAGGAAAUGAUGGACGUGGUUGAAUUUGAAACUGUACCUGUACAACUUGCCAUUGCUCAAGUAUUAACCAUCGCAUCUUCAGAUAAAUCGUGUCGUAAGGAAAUUUUAAAGCAUGCGGCCCAAUGGUUAGUAAAGAUGGCUGGUCAAUCUAAGACGGAUCCACAGCUGAAAGCAGCUGCAGGCACAGCAUUAACAAAACUGAAGGCACAAAACGAUGCUCCUUCAGAUGAUGCUCAGCCUACUGAAAGUCUAGAAGAAACCAUGAAGAGAAUGCACAUCACCAAUGAAAGUCUAGUCGACUCUUUACAAGAAAUUAUCAAGUCAAAAGCAUCGGAUGCGAACCUUGUUUUAAAUGCCGUUGAAGGUUUGGCGUAUGCCUGUCUAAAACCUGAGAUUAAAGAUAAAUUGGGAAAGGAUGCCGAUUUCUUAAAAUGCCUAUCAACUUUGGCGCUUAGUACUACCAACAACAAUGAUGCCAAUAGUAAUCCGCUUUUAUUUGGUAUAGGUACUAUAUUUGCAAACUUGACAAUGUAUAGACCUGUGUUAGAUGACCAACAAAAGCAAAUGAAGAAAUUGCGGGACUUAGCAAAUGCAAAGCAGGCACCCGGUAAACCAGUCGAACAAGAUGAUGUUCGUGAAGACGAUAAAGCCGUAGAGGAUCGUAUCAAACUUUGUAUUCAAAAUGGAGCUGCUUUGGCCUUAAUGAUUAUAGCAAAGAACCAAAGCCCCAAUCUUCGUUCUGUAGCAUCACAAACCUACCUUAAUCUCGUUACACCUCAAUCUGUACGAGGUCAGUUACUCCAGCAAGGCAUCGUCAAGGCUCUUUUACCUUUGUCCCGCACCGACAUUGUUGCAUCACAAGCACUUGCUAAAUUAGCAAUCACCGCGGAUCCACGUAUCGCAUUUCAAGGUGACACCAUUUUGGAUCUUGUUAGGCCCUUUUUAGAAUUAUGCAAAGAUACGACCCAACUUAGACAAUUUGAAGGUCUCAUGUCCUUAACCAAUUUAGCUUCAGUAGAUGACCGAGUGCGUUUAUUGAUCGAAAAUGCGGAUGGAAUGACCAUUUUUGAAAAUCUACAGUUGUCCAAUAAUGAGUUGGUUCAAAGAGCCGCUACAGAAAUGGUGUGUAAUAUGACAUUUUGUGAGCCCGUGUUUGAUCGAUACAGUGAUCCCAAAGUGUCACAAAACAGAAUUCGGUUAUUAAUGAUUUUAUCGGAUGGUGAAGAUCCCGCCACAAGAAAGGCUGCAUCCGGUGCAUUGGCUAUCCUAGCUAACAGUCCCAACACAUGCGAAAUGAUACUCAAAGUAGAUAAAUGUUAUGAAAGAAUAGCGAGAUGGUUAGAUCCUGAAGAAACUGUCGAUGUACAACACCGUGGUAUUGAGGUGAUUCGCUGUUUAAUUCAAUAUUCGAAGGAUGUUGUUGGUACACUAGUCAAGGAACAAAAUGUUGAUAAAAAGUUAGUAGAUCUGGUAAAAACUUGCAAAGUGCAAGUUGUGCGUUCCGCUGCAAUGGAAGUGCUCAAAUUAUUCGUGGAGAAUGGAGUUCAAUUAAAAGCUUAAAAUAAACCAUUUUAUUUCUGUUUAAAGAGUCUACGAAGUGUAGCAGUGGUUAUAUCAAUAACUUGG